AUGACAAAUCAAGUCAACCUUUACGACCUCGACAAAGAGACAAUUGAUAAGGCAAAGGAAGAUUAUCGAAAUUCUCUCAGAGAUAACGAUGAAGAAAUUAAAGCUCUUGCUGGUAUGGCGAAAACGAAAGCAAUCUUCAAGAAGGCAACUGCAUUUUUCGAGAAGGAAUCACCUGAACUUAGAAAAUUCCUUGAAGAAAAAGGCUAUCUUUUACCUGCACCACCACAAGAUGUCCCCGAUUCAAAGAUUUCAAUUUCGGACGAGAUUUACCAGCAGUUAGUGAACACAAUUAAGACACUGAAAGAAAAGUUGAAAACUCUUGAAGAUAUUGUUGAGAAGAUUCAUCCACAAACCAAUUGA